AAGUUUUACCGGCACCACAAAUUGAAGAAUUAGUAGCACAAGAUAAAUUAACAAACAUGAUCGAUGAACCAUUAAUGACAUUACAAAAUCCUAAUAUAGUCCAUACCAAAGGUCAUCCUUCUGGAGCUCUUAAUCAUCAAAAUACUAACUCAACUAAAAGAGAUCCCUCCGGCUUUAAAUCG